AUGUCGGCUCCAGAAUACGAAGAGUAUAUCCAGGCCAAGCUGACGCCCGUGCUGGAAUCACUUGUGACAGAGGUCUUGUUGGCUCAUCCAGAAGAUCCAGUAACCUUUAUGAUAUCGAGGCUCUGCCAGAGAGCAAAACUUCCAGACCCCACAACGCUAGCGGCAAGCGGGUCAAAAGAAAACGAGGAGCUCCGGCAAGAGCUGGCGCGUCUGCGGGAGGACCAACAGCGUGUUGUUGCUCUUGACACGAGUAGUAAUCGCAGCACGCAUGACACGGAUGACAGCGAGGAAGAGGAAGAAGCGGAUGACGAGGAGCAGGAGUCCUUCGAGGCGAAGUACGAUAAGAUAAGAGGCUUUAACAAGAUGCGCCAGAGUGUAUGUGCCGAAGUGUAUGGCAACUGGAACAAGAAACAAAAAUUUGAGCCUCCGGUGUAUCCAAAGACCGACGAGCAGAAGGAACGACUACACAAGGUAUUGGGCCUUUCUUUCAUGUUCAGCUGUCUCGAUAACAAGGACAGGAACACCGUCGUUGAUGCUAUGAAGGAGCGGCAGAUUCCGGCGGAUAUGACACUGAUCAAGCAAGGCGCCGAUGGCGACUGUCUCUAUAUCGUGGAGACAGGCUCCCUGCAGUGCUGGCGAGAGGAUGGCGGAAGGGAAACAAUGGUAAAGGUUGUGGGACCUGGAGAUGUCUUUGGCGAGCUCGCUCUCCUAUACAAUGCUCCUCGAGCAGCAACUGUAAAAAGCGCCGAAGACUGCAAAUUGUGGCGACUUGAUAGGGACACUUUCAACGCAAUCGUGAAAGACGCAGCCACGAAAAAACGGGAGAUGUAUGAUGCAUUUCUUUCAAAGGUGCGUCUGCUGGAGUCCAUGAGUACCUACGAUCGAAUAAAACUGGCGGACGCCUUGCGGACGGAGGAAUAUCAAGGGGGGGAAUUUAUUGUGAGACAGGGAGAGCCCGGAGAUAUCUUUUACCUGAUUGAAGAAGGUAGCGCAAUAGCCAUGAAAGUGUUUGAAGGGCAGACAGAGCCGCAGGAAGUCGAAACCUACAAGGCAGGAGAUUACUUUGGGGAGCUCGCGCUACUGACAGGAGAGCCUCGCGCCGCGUCAGUGAUCGCGAAGGGGAGCUGUAAAGUGGCAACGCUAGACAGGAAGUCCUUCAAGAGACUCAUGGGAUCUGUAGAAGAAAUCCUCAAGAGAAAAGCCCAAGAAUACAAAAAGCAGCCUCAAUAA